AUGGCGACCGUUGAAAAAACCAAAGAGCAGCCCAAGAAGCUCCCUGUGGACCUCUCCGACGGUGAAGACUAUGACAGCGCCGACGACUAUACCGACGACUAUACCGACGAGGAAUAUGAGUCAGUACCACAAACAAAGACACAGAAGAACAGACAACUGCAGAAGAAACCACUGCAGAAACAGAAACCACCUGUUCAAGACGACUUCGACGAAUACACGGAUGAAGAUGAGUAUGGCUCAGACGAGUACGAAUACUCCGACGACGAACCCGUGCAGCCGUACUCGAAUGAAAACUCAAACUUCAAGCCUUCUGGCGGCAUGGACGUCCUCCACAAGGAGGAGAAAUCAAUGCUGGACGAGGAAGGCAUGAAGCUGAGAUUAGAACUGAAUCUGGAAAUUGAGGUCGAGCUCAAAGCACGCAUCCACGGAGACCUCACCCUAGCUCUCAUGUAA